UAUCCCAACAGAGUGUGUAAAGAUUCCAAGUUUCCUUCUAGGCUUAUUGGAAGAACAAACUGUUCUAAAAAUUUGAAAUGAGAAAGACAAGUAGAGGAUAAGAAUAAGAGAAAGAGGAAACUGAAACCAGUGGAAAUCAAAUGAAUUCAAUUACGAAUUCAUCAGUCGUUGUAGCCCAAUGAUGAAUCACGCUCUUGUCCGCCAAAUGCUGCUACCUAAUCCUUUCUGCAACCACCAACCUUCUUCACUCCCUCCCAAAACCCUCCCAAACCCUUCGCUCCCAAUUUUCUUCUUCUACCCAUCACCACUCUCCCAAAACCCUAAUAAACCAUCCAAACCCCUCCUCCACCGAACCUCCGCCUCAGCCACCCAAGCCAACUCCCAAACCCUGCCCAAAUCCGCCAUCCAAAGAAUCGCCGACAAGCUUCGCAGCCUUGGCUACGUGGACGACGACAACAAAGAUGGCCCGAAGAAAACCCUAAAUUCCAAUACCAACCGUACAUCGUCCCCCGGUGAGAUAUUCAUUCCUCUGCCUGAUCAGUUACCCAAGCACCGGGUCGGGCACACAAUUGAUUCGAGCUGGAGUACGCCCGAGAACCCGGUGCCAGAGCCCGGGUCGGGGAGUGCCAUACAGAGGUUUCAUGAGUUGAGGCGAGAGGUUUGGAAGGAGAAGGUGAAGAGGAAGGGAGAGGAGAGAGAGAGAAAGAAUGUGCCGACGUUGGCGGAGUUGACGGUGCCGGAGGAGGAGCUGAGGAGGCUGAGGACAAUUGGGAUUGGAUUAAAGAAGAAGUUGAAGGUGGGGAAGGCGGGGAUUACGGAGGGAAUUGUUAACGGGAUUCAUGAGAGAUGGAGGCGGACAGAGCUUGUGAAGAUCGCUUGUGAGGAUUUGUGUAGGAUGAACAUGAAGAGGACUCAUGAAUUAUUGGAGAGGAAAACUGGUGGGUUGGUUAUUUGGAGGUCUGGAAGUAAUAUAAUAUUGUACAGGGGUGCUAAUUAUAAGUAUCCGUACUUCUUUUCUGAUAACAAUUCAGAAAAUGACACUUCUGCCACUACUUCAUCUGAUUCACGUGUGGAUUGUGGAGUACACGUUAGAAUGGAAAGCUACUCAUCUGGUACAGAUGGUGUAAACUCUGCUGGACCAAAUUCAUCCAGCAACAAAGCUCAACCACCCCUAAUACAAGGUGUUGGUUCCCCAAAUAGAGUACGAUUUCAACUCCCUGGUGAGGCACAACUCGCAGAAGAAGCUGACCGUCUGUUAGACGGACUUGGUCCACGAUUUACUGAUUGGUGGGGAUAUGAUCCUCUGCCUAUUGAUGCUGAUCUUCUACCAGCAGCUUUUCCUGGAUACAGGAGGCCCUUCCGUCUCCUUCCAUUUGGGGUGAAACCUAAACUAACAAAUGAUGAGAUGACAACACUGAAGAGACUCGGUCGGCCUCUUCCGUGCCAUUUUGUGUUAGGAAGAAACAGAAGACUUCAAGGAUUGGCUGCUAAAAUAGUCAAGCUCUGGGAGAAAUGUGAGAUUGCAAAAAUUGCAGUUAAGAGAGGAGUCCAGAAUACUAACAGUGAAUUGAUGGCUGAAGAGUUAAAGCGGCUGACUGGAGGCACCCUGCUCUCACGGGACAAGGAAUAUAUUAUAUUUUACAGGGGAAAGGAUUUCCUGCCAGCUGCAGCUUCUUUAGCAAUAGAAGAGCGGAGAAAAUAUGGAAUUCAUGGGGAGAAACAGGUUACAGAUGACAGUACAUUAGUUAUGGCUAUGCAGGACCAUAAAUUUGAGACUGUGCAAGGUGGUUCUGAAGAUGAAUGUAAUGGGAUAAAUGACCAGAAACAAAAUCAUGUCUCUGAAAGAAGGAAGCCAAGGUCCAUUGAAGCAGCUAUUGAAAGAACUAGCACCAAGUUGCAAACAGCACUAGCAAAGAAAGACAGUGCAGAGAAACUUUUAGCAGAGCUGGAGAAGGAAAUGAUCCCCCAAGAACCUGAAAUAGAUAAAGAGGGUAUCACUAAAGAAGAAAGAUAUAUGCUGAGGAAGGUUGGCUUGAGAAUGAAGCCUUUCUUACUAUUGGGUAGACGAGGGGUUUUUGAUGGAACAAUCGAAAACAUGCAUCUUCACUGGAAGUAUCGGGAACUUGUGAAGAUAAUAUUUGGUGGGAGAAGCACCGAAGAGGUUUAUGAAAUUGCACGGACAUUAGAAGCAGAAAGUGGUGGAAUAUUAGUGGCAGUAGAGAGAGUCAGUAAGGGUUAUGCAAUCAUAAUGUAUCGUGGGAAAAACUAUGAACGACCCACUUGUUUGAGGCCUCGGACACUCCUAAGUAAAAGGGAAGCAAUGAAACGCUCUAAAGAAGCACAACGUCGUGAGUCCUUGAAACUUCAUGUUUUGAAGCUUGGCAGAAAUAUAGAUGUGUUGAAGCUACAGUUGGCCAAGGACAAGGAGACGAACAGUGUGCAGUCAGCAAAAGGAUCAGAACUUCAGCUGGUCAAAGAGCAGAAAACAAACGGAAUGCAGCUUACCGAAAACAAGAGAUCUGAUACUGAACUUGAAACUAAUUACCACUCUUCUAUAGUAUCUCCUGCUUGCAAUCUAGAAAAUGUAGAGGCUAGAGAAAGAUAUGGAGUUGAUUCAACUUUCUUUAAUUCAAAUGAUGGCAUGGUAUCUUCAAGUGAUACUCUCGAAAUCACACAGCGGGAUAUCCUGGCAGAUUCCUCUUUAAAAUACAAGGAAAAGGAAGUGGGCAAGUUUGAUUUAACUGAAGCAGAAGUAGUUUUUAAAGAAAUUAAUGUUGUCAUGGAUAUGAACGGUGAAGGUGGAGAUGUUGAGCCUGCAAAUGGUCCCGAUAAUAUUAGGACAAGCUUUUCGCAUACUGUCAAUGCUGAGCCACAUUUCACUGAGAAUAAGACCAUUGCUCCAUCUGAUGAAUCACAGAAAAGUGAUUCAUCAUUAUUAGUUCAAAGAGCUGUAGAAAUUGGGUCUAAUGGGACACCUCUUAGAGCUGCACGGCUUUCCAAUAAAGACAGGCUUCUUCUGCGAAAGCAAGCCCUCAAGAUGAAAAAGCGUCCUGUGCUUGCCAUAGGGAAGAGCAACGUUGUUACUGGAGUGGCAAAAACAAUCAAGGCGCACUUUCAGAAGCAUCCUCUGGCCAUAGUGAAUAUCAAAGGAAGAGCCAAAGGGACUUCAGUCCAGGAGGUUGUUUCUAAGCUGGAGCAAGCCACAGGCGCAGUUCUAGUUUCUCGGGAACCCAGUAAAAUCAUACUUUACAGGGGUUGGGGAGCCGUGGAAGAACCUGGCCAAUCCGUCCAAAAGAAUACAAGAGACGUGAGGAACACUUCAGCAGGCAGAGAGGGUGGGGCUCAGCCGGUUAUUUCUCCUGAGCUCUUGUCAGCCAUCAGACUUGAGUGUGGGUUGCAGUGUAACCAAUAGGGACAGGAAGCAUCCUAGAAUGAAUUUGGAGUUUGUUUCAAAUGUUACUUUUGCAUUGUUUACGGCACCAGUUUUCUCGUUCCUGCUUUGAAAUAUUUGGAGCCCAUUGACAAAGGGUCUGAUGUCAUUAUAGUGCACCACAUGUUCAGUUAAAGUGCCAAGGCUCAUGUUUAGAUGUUGAGUUACAUUUGGAGUGAUAUCUUAUUGGCCCAGCUCCCUGGCUACUUCAAGGCUUAACUGAAGGUCAAAAUCGGGCAAAUGGUACAUUUUUCUGGAAGGUCAGCCUGCUUUCUAAACUUCUCUUGGUCUUGAAUGGUUGCAAUUCUUGUGGUAAGUGUUGAUUCUAGAAUAAUUGAUGAUUACAAGUAGAUUGGGAUAAUGCUCCUGGAGAAAUUUUACAGUAAAAAUGUAACUAUCUGUAGAAUUGGUGACGAGUUGAAUUCAGGUAGAUCGAGUUCUGAUUGUUCUAGAACCAUUCACACUGGAAAUUUCAACUAUUACUAUUUGAAGAUGCUGAUUCUUUAAUGAAAGGAUAAUUAUUUUCA